UUGGUUGAAACCAGCAUCUGCAGUUCCUUCCUACAAAGUAUUUUAAUACUAACAGACUACCCCAACAUCGUGUAGGUCACAGUAGCGCAGCUGCCUUACCGCAAAAUGCAGCGCCAGAGACCCGGGUUCGAUCCCGACCACGGGGGCUGUCUGUAUGGAGUUUGUACGUUCUCCCCGUGACCUGUGGGAUAUUAUCCGAGAUCGGUUUCCUCCCACACUCCAAAGACGUGCAGGUUUGUAGGUUAAUUGGCUUGAUAAAUGUAAACAUUGUCCAGUAUAAAAUUGUCCAGUGAUGAGUGAUGAUCUAUCAGCGUAUUACAUCUAGAUCUAGGUUUCGGAAACAAAUUUUACAUUAACGUACAAACAUGUACGUCUUUGGAGCGGGGGAGGGAGUGUCGGCGGUUGGAAACAAACUAUGUUCACACCUGUGUCAGGUUUUUCAUCUUUGAAAUAUGAUAAAUCUAGUUUUCUUCUUUCACUUUUGUUCCUUGCCUAUAUACGUACUGCGAAGUCUCUUUUUCAGCACAACAGGAAAACACUCUUCCUAGGCUACAUAUCAACGUUCGUGUCAAAAUGUUGAGAGCUAUCACCAUGGUUUUAAUGCUGCUGCUAUCUAAAGUCUGUAAAUUAGACAGCCUUAAAGCAGACCUCCAGCAAGGUGUGACUUUAAACAAUGUACAAAUGAAAUUCGCCCCCGAGACUUCAGCUGAAGUGGGAAGCCGUAUCACCCUGACUUGUUCCGUGAAUAUCGUGGCUGCCUCUUCCCUGACGAGUCAGAUUUCAUACCUCUUUUACAAAGGGCCAGGGAGUGACGUCCUGCUGAAUAGCACCGUGUCUUCAGAGCAAAGAUCCCAGGUGACCAUCGAGUCUGCUCGAGCAUCACACACUGGAUACUACUCUUGUGUCGUGAAAGUGGGAAAUAAAGCAGCCAAGAGUGAAGUCUCACACCUAGACGUUGCAGGAAAAUUACAAACGCCUCGAAUUACCAUACAUCCAUUGAAGGUGAUAAUGGGAAGUCAAAUUGAGCUGCGCUGUGAAGCUGUUGAAGAAGUUCCUCCUCUUGAAUUUAUAUUCUACAAAUAUAAAAAAGGACAACCUUCCCCCGUGGGCGAUAAAACUGUAACCAGUAGAAAUUCUGUAACCCACACACUUAAAGUAACAGAAGCAACAGAUCAAGCCUACAGCUGUAAAAUCAAAGGGAGAAGCUUGGAGACUUCCUCAAACUGCAGUGAAAUAGUCGGCAUAACUGUGCAAGAUCCAUUUUCACGUCAUGCAUUCACAAUUGAACCGAAAAAUGGGAUUCACGAAGGGGAUAAACUGACCAUCACGUGCACAGUCAGGAUGUCAUCAUUAAUUACAUCGCAGAUGAAACCUCAACUAAUGAUCUUGAAGGGUGUAACUCUAAUGAAGAGAAAUUAUAGUCUUGAAAUAAAAUAUUCUAAAGUGGCAAGCUCAAAGGAUACAGGCAAUUACUCCUGUAUCGCGAUGUGGAAUCAGACAUCGAAAUCUAUUCAAAAGCAGGUGAUUGUGGCAGACUCAACUCAAGGUACAGUGGCAUCGAUCAAGACUUUGGUCACCGCACUGCUCCUCGGUGCCUGCACCAUUCACCCCGACUAACCAAGCAAGAACAAGGACGCAAGAACAAGGACGCAAGAACUAGACCCGGGUACAGGCCCCAUCCAGCUGCUCGCUAACAAUAGCAUCACCAUGAACCGUUUACCUCAGUGCUACUUUCCUUAUCCCUUCAUUUAAGUAUUAUACAAAAAUUAAACAAUAUAGGUCCUGAAUGUACUCAGACCUUGAGGUACUUUAUGAGAAUUUAUUUUUCAAAUGUAAUUCUAUUUUUAUAACUUUGGGGGAUGGAACAGCGUCAAGUCAAGAGAGUUUUAUUGUCAUGUGUCCCAGAUAAGUCAAUGAUAUUCUUACUUGCUCCAGCACAACAAAAUAUGUGACCAUAAUACAAAAUGGAAGAUAAAAGUUCAGUGUGCUCAUAGACCAUAGAUACACAAUAAUAUAAACAGAUAUAGUGCAAUAAUAAUAAUACUGUUUUUUGUUCAGAGCUUAUUUGAUGUUGUGUUUAAUAGCCUGAUGGUGAGCAACGGUGAGAUGAGUGUGUGACCAGGAUGGUGUGGGUCUUUGAUGACGUUGGCAGCCAUUUUGAGGCAGCGACUGCGACAGAUCCCUUCGAUGGUGGAGAGGUCACAACUUUUUGCAGUCUUUACCGCUCCUGGAUGUUCAAGUUGCUGUACCAGGCCACGAUGCAGCCAGUCAGUGUGCUCUCUACUGUGCACCUGUAGAAGUUCGAGAGGAACUCUCCUAGUGGCAGCAUGCUGUAAAGGUUGUAACUUUGUUUGCUCCCUCAACUUUUAACUUCUUGCUUAUCACUCUUUCAAUGUUACUCGUUAUGACUUGGUUUCAAGGCACGGUCUAACCUGUCUUAAAGUGUUGAUAACACUUUUAUACGCUUCAAUCAUGUAAAGGAUGGAGACAAGAGGAAAAAAAGAGCUUCUCCAAGGAAGGAGUGUGGGGAAGGUGCAGCUUCUGAUUCUGGUAUCUUAGAAGCAAUAUCAAAAAUGAACAGAGAAAGGAAAACAAGAUUCUGCAGUUUGGAAGAAAUGAUGAAAGGAAUUUCGAGCAAAUUGAAGGAAGUUCAAGACAAGCCGAUUAUGUUACAAGAUGAAUCUCGUGAACAGAAGGAACAAAUUGAUAACUUGCAAACCUUGGGUCAGGAAAGAGAUUUGAAGAUUGAAAAACUGGAACGGAAAAUGAAUGAAAAUACUCGGGCACUCGAACAAUACAAGAUUAAAAAUAUGGAUCUGGAAAAUGGAUAUUGGGAUGAGGAUAGGUGAUUGUGAGUGGGAUAUUUGUUAUACUGAUUGUAUUGGGAAGGGUGAUUAUACGGUGAUGGGUUGUAUAUAUGACUAAGAUACUGUAUAGUAUAUGAGGGUUUUUUCUUUUUUUUUUUUCUCACUUUUUUGUAUGGCUUUGUAAAUAUUUGAUUAGUGUAUAAAUGUAAUUAAUUUGGUGUGCAUAUAGCUGCUGGUGUACAUAUGGUGUAUAUAUAGCUGCUAAAAUGUGUAUAAGAUGACGGACUGCAGGAGUGAUGCGCCGUUGUGUAUGGUUGCUCCGCCUGCAGUCCGUCCUUUCACCCUUUUUUAUUUUUAUUUUUAGU